AUGGUCACCAUCGACAUGAACACAGAACCCAUCAGCCGUGGUUGGGAAAGACUCUCUAGCAACGAGAGCUUGAACCAGAGUGGCUCCAACAAGCAUUCCUCUCCUCCAACAUACCGUUACGCAGCACCAAACUAUUUCGCAACCUCCAACUACGAUGCAGAGACCAGUCCUGUCGCUGCAUCUGCCGGAUCUAGAAGAAGCAGGCUUUCGAGUUACGCUCUUCCUUCGUCUCUUCCCUCGUCUAUCGAAAUGCAGGAUAUAGAUAUAAUGUCAACCACUCCUCCAGCACCUGGAACUCUCCCAACACCAGCUACACACCCAAACAACCCGCCCAGCCGCCCUAAAACCAGGUUUUGGUUUGCUCUACUCCUCACCACCAUCCUCUUCCUCAUCUCCAUAGGCCUAAACCCCCACUUCUUCAGCACAGAGCCAUGGAGAAGAACCUCCUGGUCUCGCUCAGGCGUAAACGAGCACCUAAACAUCAAACAAGUCAUCUUCGCCACCGUCCCUGCAAAAGUCCUCUGGAGCAUGUUUCUUGCUACUUUGGCUUUGGAUGUGUUGAUGGUCUAA